UCGGAGCUUUUUUCAGAGAUCUUAGUGCACGCACCUUAACUGUAGACGUCAUCACACAACUUGAUGCGAAUAUCCGGAUCUUGAUGUGUAAUUUGGAGAAAAUUUUUCCUCCGUCCUUUUUUGACGUCAUGGAACAUCUGGUUAUCCACCUUCCGUAUGAGGCAAUGCUACGUGGACCUGUUCAUAAUGGAUGGAUGUAUCCUUACGAACGAGCUAUGAAAUAUUUGAAAGGCAAAGCAAAAAAUCUGGCAAGGGUGGAAGGUUCAAUAGUUGCUGGGAGUUUGAAUGAGGAAACAUCUCACUUUACGUCCUACUACUUUGCGUCACAAGUCCGGACCAAAAAAAAGAAUACGAGCAGAUAUGAUGAUGGUGGUGUUAUGCCGACAUAUAUUGUUGAAGAUGUUCCAGACAUAUUUACUCAGAUUGGACGGCUUGGUGGAAAACUAAAAGAAGUUUGGUGGUCAAGUUCUGAAGACGCACAUAGUGCCCACACAUAUAUACUUCUUAACUGCGAGGAGAUUGAAUCAUUUGAAAGCGAUUUUGUUGCCCAAGUCGAAGAAGCUAUACCAGGAAUAUCAACUGCUGAUCUCAACAAAAGGAAAGACCAACACUUUGUGAAAUGGUUAAAAACGCAGGUACGUCGUGUAUCUAAUUAAUUAACAUGAAAAUUAAUUAUAUGAUUGGUUAAGUCUUUAUACAAAUAAAUGUUGAUGUUCCAGGUUGAUUAUGAUGAUCAAUUUUAUCCUCAAUGGUUUCACGAAUUGAUACAAGGUCCGGUCGGUAAGGUCACCAUUGCAUCUAUGUAUUUCACAAGAGGAUACACUUUUCACACUUACGAAUAUGGAAGUCGACGAGCAACAAUGAACUAUGGAGUAUGUGUGAAAGGUGAAACAGAUUUCUAUGGAAUCUUAAAAGAGAUCAUCGAAGUGGAGUUCCCCGGUGUAGUGAAGCUGAAAUGCGUGCUCUUCAAAUGUGAUUGGUUUGACCCCACAGUCAAUAGAGGUGUUCGAUAUAGCAAGUUUGGUGUUGUUGAUAUAAAUGCUUCACGGAGGUACAACAAAUUUGAACCCUACAUAUUGGCUUCUCAAGCAGAUCAGGUUUGUUUUGUUCCAUACCCGAAGAUCAGACAAUCUGGAAUAUCUUGGUUAGCCGCUAUAAAAGUUACACCUCGGGGCAGAGUUGUGAAUGAUGACCCACCGCCAUUACAAGAAGAUGCAGUAAAUGAAGUUGAAGUACCCGAACAAGUAGAAGAUGAUAUCUUACUUAUUGAUCCGCAUAAUCCGGGAUACGAAGAACUUCCAGACGAUGCAACGAAUGAAGCAAAUGAAGAUGAAUUUGAAGAAAAUGAUGAAGCGGAUGAUGUUUCUGAUGACGAGUGUCAAGUUCCAUUAUGUUAG